GAAUCGUUGCCUAGACAAACGGUUAAGCAAUUUUUCAAAAACUUGGGUCUAAACUAUAGUUGACAUCUUUUAUCACCAUUUCUCAAAGUAGCAGUGAACUGCGUAUAAAACAUCGAACGGAAAUUUCUAUUACGCAGAGCUUGAAUUGACGAAUCGAACGAUCAGUACUAUACGCACGUUUCUUUAAAAGAUAGAAAUUUUGAAAACUUGCGAUGGGUUUUUUAGUUUUCGCCCUUCUCACAAUAGUUGUUGACUUUGCUGCUUCUCAAAGUUUAGUAUUGGUCGGUGGAAACUUAAACGACGGAAAUGAAGCAAUUUGGGGCAAAGUGGUCGAGCUUGCGGGAGGAAGAGGUGUGGCCAGAAUCGGUGUCUUUACUACGGCAUCCGCAGAUCCUGAAGACUCGGCAGCCUAUUAUAUUGAUAUUUUUGUCAACAUAUACGGGGCGGCAAACGCAACGUACAUUCCAGUUACUGAAUCAAGUAAUAACGCCAACGACCCAUCUGUAGCCGAACUAACAAGACAACAAACUGGAUUUUUCUUCGGUGGUGGUGAUCAAUCGAGGGUUUUGAAAGCCCUUCGUCCUAGAGGCAGAGAUACUCUCGUUCUUACUGCUGUGAAAGAUAUGCUAAAAGCAGGUGCAACUGUAGGAGGAACGAGCGCCGGAGCCGCUUGUCUGAGCGAUACGGUAAUGAUUACGGGGGGUUCAAGUUACGAUGGAUUAACCUAUGGUGCUUUUAGUGGCGGAUACAAUCCGCUUCGCCCAGACGAAUUAUCUUACGAUGAGUAUGGUGGAUUGGGGUUUCUAGCUGGUUGGCUUCCCGACACACAUUUCAGUGAACGCGGUCGAGAAGCUCGUCUUAUACGGGUAUUGCAAGAUUCACGAGAUCGCGAUAUAGGAACUACUCGAGGUUUUGGACUAGAUGAAGACAUGGCUCUCCUAGUUUUGGAUCUGUAUACACGGCCAGUGGGAAAAGUUAUUGGUACACGUGGGGGAGUAUUUAUAGCUGAUGUCACCAACACUGUUGUUAUUCCUUCGGAGACCACUAAUUUUGAAGGAGUAUCUGUCCACUAUCUUACUCAGGAUGACACAAUUGAUCUUACUACUGGAAACAUCACAAUUGCAAGUUGGAAAACCAACCUGAAGAAUAACGAGUACUACAAUAAUGCAGAAGUCUCAAAUGACAUCUUAUCCUCACAAAGGGAUCGUGUCUGGGCAUCUGCAGCUGCACAAUUCUUUAACAAUAAACUGGACGACGUUGUUACCCAUUAUUCUUAUGAAAAAAAUCCCAAAUUUGAAAUUACCUUUGAUCGUGUAACUGGUUCUGGAUAUGGUGGGAUACCUCCAAGUAAUCCCGAGAUUAUUGCUGUGUCUCACCAAAAUCUUAAAGUUGGAAUUCGUGAAAAUGUUUAGCUUAUAGCUUUUGCAAAAUUAGCCAUCUUCAGUACACCUACACUUGUAUUUUCAAGCGAAA